AUGACGAAACAACACCUUAUCCUAGAUAAUGGCUCAUACGAUAUAAAAGCGGGCUUUGCCACUCAAGAAAAACCACUAGUCAUACAUAAUGCCUUGGCCAAAGCUCGAGAUGGUGUUAUAUACGUGGGAAACGACUAUAUUUCUCACACCAACCUCUACUCGGGAAUCAACUUCAGAAGACCUCAUGACCUGGGGCACUUGACGUCAUGGGAGGUGGAAAAAACACUCUGGGACUAUACAUUUGAUCAACUAUCGCCCAAGAAGGAAUUGGAUCUACUGAAUAUCCAUCUCACGCUAACAGAAUCAGCUUUCCAGCUUCCCCAGUUGUCCAUGAACACCGAUCUUAUAGUGUUUGAGGAAUACGGGUUCGGUGACUACUAUAGAUGUGUGCCGCUGUCACUCGUUCCAUGGGAGGGUACAGACAAACCCGCAGACUUUACAUUGGUGGUGGACUGCGGUUUUAGUUCAACUUGGGUUGUACCCAUACUAUAUCAGGUUCCUUACUGGAGAGGUAUUCGAAAACUUCCCAUAGGCGGACGCCACCUCAAUGGAUUGCUUCGAGAGACGACAUCUUUUAGGCAUUACGAUAUCCUGGAUGAGCCAAUCCUUCUAAAUACACUCAAGGAGAAGACGAUGUUCGUCGCCGAAAAUUUCGAGUCCGCCUUGAGAAAAAAACUUAAUUAUAAAUGUGAGUUCGUUCUCCCGGACUUCAAAACCACUUUCACAGGCUACGUCAAGGCGGAAGACCAAAACUUGCCUACGGAUGCUCAAACCUUGAAGUUGUACGAUGAACGAUUCACUAUUCCAGAAGCCUAUUUCCACCCGGAGAUCAUGCUUGAUAACAACUCAGUCUCUAAUUCACCAAUGAUACAAAAUGCCAAUUUCAAGAGUCUCACUGAUUUAGUGGUUGACUCCAUUGCAUCCUGUCCUGAGGCCACAAAACCUUUGCUUCUGGCAAACAUUAAUAUCGUGGGUGGAAGCAGUUACAUCCCAAACUUGCCGGAGCGUCUAAUAUCAGAAUUGAAGAAGGAAUUACCUGUGAACUGGGAAGUGAGAAGCAUACCACAAAAUCAAAACUUGAAUGAGGUGGCCUGGUAUGGUGGUACCUCGCUAGUGAAGGACGAUCUCAUGAAGGAGAUUUCAAUUUCGAAACAGGACUAUUUCGAGCAUGGUGCCAAUUGGUGCCAGAAGCAGUUCGGAUUCAAAAACUUCUCAUGA